AUGCCGGGCACUUGCGAGGUUUGCGCCUCCGAACCGUCCAAGUACCGAUGUCCCACCUGCGGACUGAUGAGCUGCUCAUUAGCAUGCACCCAGUCCCAUAAAAUCUACUGUGCGCCCAAACCGCAGCCACCGAAACCGUCCGACGAAACGAGCAGCACUCCAGCUCCAAAUGAGACCGACGGUCAUGGAGCGGACGAAUGUGCACAACAGCAACCACGCCAUGACCUCAGCCCAGCGGCGCUUGGCUCUUCGCCUCAGCUCCGAGAGCUGCUAGAGCAGAACCCUUCCCUUCGCGACCAACUGCGCGAUAUCUACAGGGCGACUCUCGAGGAGGAAUGGGUGGAGACGCAGAGUCAGAGUCAUCGCGGGCGAACGAGGGGAUUUGGUAGAGGUCGAGGGGGGCAUCGGAAUUGGGGACCGUACACUCGCGAGAAGGGGUUCAACCGGGGUCUAGGGAAGGUCAGGAAAUUACGGGAACGGUGCGAAGAGGGAUUGGAAACGGGAAAGACGGCUGAAGGGUUUAUGCGGUUCAUGGCUUUGGUGAACCAGGAGACUAUGGGACUACCGUCGUCGUGA